CCCGCGCUGGGCCUGCUGUCGGUUUUCAGCAGACGGAGAGAGAGGAAGAAAAAUGGCGGCUGUAGGGGACCCGGAGCGGGAUGCCGGCCAUUCGGCUUGAGCUUUCUCUCCCUAACUGAGCCCGGGGCUGUAGCGGAACUGCUUCUCCAAAUUCUGCAGAGGUUCAGCUUUCGGGCGGUACCCGUUUUCCCGGGUUUGCACCGGCGAGUCCCUGACAAAAACUGAAAGGGAAAAUAAUAGAUUUUUUAUAUUUAUCUGUAAAGGAUGAGAGGGAGAAGAGGCAGGCCGCCCAAGCAGGCGCUGAUGCAGGAGCCGUCUCCUGGCCCAGUCCGGGGUCUGAGACCCAGGCGGGUGUUGGGUGCAAAGGGGAGAGGUGCGCCCGAGGUCGAGAUCGCGACUCCCAGGCGGGGGAAUCACCAUUCUUCCAGGGGCAGGAGGAAACUGGGAUCGAGCACCGCGUCGGGGGGCAGAGGAAGAGGCAGGAGCGGAGCGGGCAGGGGAAGGAGGACCAGCAAGGUGGUCUACGAUGACCACGAAAGCGACGAGGACGAGGAGGAUGCCGUGAGCCUGCACUCCGAAGAGGACGAGCCCGUGGAAGAGGAGCCGCUGUCGGAGGAGGAAGAAGCGGCGCUUGACGACGAGUCCGAUUACCUGGAGGAGAUAGGCGAAGACGAGGAUGAUGAUGAUGGCAGCUUCUGCACAGAGAGCAGCUUUCGGAGCCACAGUACGUACAGCAGUACCCCAGGGAGGAGACGGCAGAGGAUUCAUCGGCCUCGUUCGCCGAUCUUUGAGGAGAAGGAGGUUCCUCCCCUGGAGCUCCCCAAGUCCUCCGAAGACCUCCUGGUGCCCACUGAGCAACUCCUGAACGUUGUGGCCAUCUAUGAUGUCCUGAGGAACUUCGGCACGGUCCUGCGGCUUUCCCCCUUCCGCUUCGAAGACUUCUGCGCCGCCCUGGUGGGGCAGGAGCAGUGCACACUGAUAGCAGAGACUCACAUCGCCCUGCUGAAAGCCAUCCUGAGGGAGGAGGACACCUCCAACACCAGCUUCGGCCCGGCCGACCUGAAGGACAGCGUGAACUCCACCUUGUACUUCAUCGACGGCAUGACGUGGCCGGAGGUGGUGCGGGUCUACUGUGAGAGCGACCGGGAGUACCACCAUGUGCUGCCCUUCCACGAGGGGGAGGACUACCCCUACGGACCUCUGGAGAGCAAGAUCAAGGUGCUGCAGUUCCUGGUGGACCAGUUCCUCACGACGAACAUUGCCCGCGAGGAGCUCAUGUCGGAGGGGGUGGUCCAAUACGACGACCACUGCCGAGUCUGCCACAAGCUGGGGGACCUGCUAUGCUGCGAGACCUGCUCGGCCGUCUACCACCUGGAGUGCGUGAAACCCCCUCUGGAGGAGGUGCCCGAGGACGAGUGGCAGUGUGAGAUCUGCGUGGCGCACAAGGUGCCCGGCGUCACGGACUGUGUGGCAGAGAGCCAGAAAAGCAAGCCCUACAUUCGGCAGGAGCCGAUCGGCUACGACAGACACAGACGGAAAUACUGGUUCCUGGAUAGAAGAAUAAUAGUAGAGGAAGAUGGGGAACACGAGAAGAAGGUUAUUUGGUACUACAGCACAAAGGUUCAGCUGGCAGAACUGCUUGAACGCCUGGACAAGGACUAUUGGGAAAGUGAACUUUGUAAAGUCCUGGAAGAAAUGAGAGAGGAAAUUCACUCUCACAUGGACAUCACUGAGGAUCUCACCAACAAAGCCAGUGGCAAUAACAAGUCAUUUUUGACAGCAGCUAACGAUGAGAUUUUGGAGCGGUUAAAAGCGAAACAGGACGCGGAGCUGGAAGAAGUGAAGAGGAAAGCAGCUGAAGAGGCUGCGAAGAUGCGCAAGGAGAGCGGGGGCGAGAGCCAACACGAGCCGGAGAAGAGCGAGCAGGAGCAGGAGCAGGAGCAGGCAUCGCAACCACACCAGGACAAGGAACCGAAAACAACACCGGAGCAGCCUGAGAACGAGCAGGGGAGGGCAGCAGCAGCAGCCUCACUCAGUGCGGAGGAGAGCAGUAACUCAGAGACGUUGCAGUCUGCAGCCCCCAGCACCAGCCCUGCUGCAGAGGACUUGGGUUCAAAGGAAGGGAAAAGCACGACGGAGGCUCUGCAAGCAGCAACCCUUACCAGCCAGACACCUGAGGAGAAGCCAGCUGCCCAGGCUGAGCAGGACGCUGCAGAUAAAGCAGAAGAGGCCAGCUCCAGCAAUGGAGAGAGCGCCUCGACCCCCGUCCCUCCGUCCUCACAAGCGAACGAUGAGAACAGCAGCAGCAGCAUCACCUCCUCCUACGAACCCCACAACUCGACCACCCCCAAACCAGCAGACGAGGGGGACCUCGCUGACAAGUCCUCCCAGUCUUCAGUCGCCAGUCAAGAGGAGACAGGUGAAAACAAAGCGGAGAGCAGCGAUGGAGCAGCGAGUGGGAAGGGCACGCCCGGCUCCACGCGGAUGGUCACGCGGUUACGGAACCCAGACAGCAAGCUGAGUCUGCUCAAGAGCCAGCAGGUCGCUGCCGCAGCCCACGAGGCAAACAAGUACUACAAGGAAGGCAAAGAGGUCCUGGUGGUGAACUCUCAAGGCGAAGUCUCCCGACUAAGUACCAGGAAGGAAAUUGUGAUGAAGGGGAACCUCAGCAACUACUUCAAGCUGGGCCAGGAGGGGAAGUACCGGGUCUACCACAACCAGUACAGCACCAACGCCAUGGCCCUGAACAAGCACCAGCACCGUGAGGACCACGACAAGCGACGGCACCUGUCCCACAAGUUCUGCAUGACCCCCGCCGGUGACUUCAAGUGGAACGGCUCUGUGCACGGCUCCAAGGUGCUGACCAUCUCCACACUGAGGCUGACCAUCAUACAGCUGGAAAACAACGUGCCAGCACCCUUCCUGCACCCCAACUGGGCUUCACACAGGUCUAACUGGAUUAAGGCUGUUCAGAUGUGCAGUAAAGCCAGGGAGUUUGCGCUCGCCUUAGCCAUCCUGGAGUGUGCCAUUAAACCUGUCGUCAUGCUGCCUGUGUGGAAGGAUGCACUUGGGCACACGAGGUUGCACCGCAUGACAUCCAUAGAGCGGGAGGAGAAAGAAAAAGUGAAAAAGAGGGAGAAGAAGCAAGAGGAUGAAGAAACCAUGCAGCAGGCCACGUGGGUUAAAUACACCAUUCCCAUUAAGCACCAGGUGUGGAAGCAGAAGGGAGAGGAGUAUCGCGUGACUGGGUACGGUGGGUGGAGCUGGGUUAGUAAAACGCACGUCCAGCGCUUCGUUCCCAGGCUGCCAGGAAACACCAAUGUCAAUUACAGGAAAGCUCUGGAGGCAAAAAGCAAUAAGGAAGUCGCAGAGUCCCAAAAACCGGAUCUUGAUAAAAGGAAAAACUCAUCCAGAGUGAAAACAGAGUCCGACGCUCGUGAGAAAGACCCUAAGUCCUCCAGAGAUUCAAAGAUUCAGAGCUUACCGGAAAAGGACAAGGACCAAACUGCUCCCAGCGAGUCUCCCGAGGACAGACCUGCGCAUGAGGAGGAGGCUGAGAAGAUGGAAGUGGAGACCAGCCCUGCAGAGCCAAGUCCAGAGGAAGAAAAAGGGAAAAACGAAAGUGCCGCUUCUGACGGUGAGAAGGCCGUGAAGGAGGAGCCGAUGGAAGACGACGCAGUGAAAACGGAAUCGCUGUCAAAGACGAAACCUUUCGAGGACGACGUGGUCAAUGUCAGCGAGGGCUUUCAGCUAAGGACUGCGUACAGAAAGAAAGUGAAAGCCUCCAAACUGGACAGCCUGCUCGAAAGGAGGGUCAAGCAGUUCACUUUGGAGGAGAAGCAGAGGCUGGAGCGGCUCAAGCAGACGUCUCUGGUGAAGCACGUAGCAGGUGCCAUUGUCCCCCAGUGCGCAGUCAGAGUCAAAGCAGAGUACAAAGCGAUCGUGACAGACGAAGGAAAGCCUGAGCCACCAGCUGCAGUGAAAGCUGACAGCGCUCUGACGGAGAAAGCCCAGCCUUCAAGGACAGAGAGCAGUCUGGCUACAGCUGACUCCUCGCUGGGGGAACAAGAGGUCACGAAGGACAACCAGGAAGACGAGAAGACGGUUACAGAAAGCCAGCAGGGCUCUGAAGAUCCCGUCUCCAUUCAGAAAGAGAAUGGGGAAAGCACCACUGACUCCAUGGAACAAAAUCAGGGACCCAAAAAGACACCAGACGUGCCCACUGACCUGUUGUCUGAGCCUGUGCAUAAAAAACAAUUGACUGAGUCUCAAAACUCUGAGGAGACUAUAAAACCAGACCCCAAAUUAGAAUCCAGCAGUGAAGACAAGUGUGUCGAUUCUGACUUGACCCCAGUAGGUAUAAAGACUGAAAUUCUUAGUGAAGCGGUAGAACCCCCUGAUGCAGAAGAGCACAAAGCUCUCUGCAAAGAUGCGAGUGAAAAAAACCCCGCUUCUAAAACUGAACUUUCCGUGGAAAGCAAGUCUGAGCCAAGCGCAUCGGAAUUGAACGGCGGCGGGCGGAAAAGUGAAACGCAUCGGGUAGAAAAACUGGAUUUGAUGGAGCGAAGCAUCGACCAGAAUCUAUCAGACAAGCGACCAAACGAAGGGGAGGAAAAAAACAAUUGUCCCCAAGUCCAGGACACCGAGAAAAAAGAUGAGGCUGAGAACAUUUCAGAGUCCACGGUUAAUAAGCGUUCCCUGGAGGAGAUCAACAAAGUGUGCCUGGACCAAAUGGACACGGAAGACAGCAAAGCAGAGAUCAGCAGAGCUGGGGAGGAAGAAGCUAAAGAGCACCUUCCUGUCACUCCAGCCCAGGUCAAUGGAAAAGAUGGGGCAGAAAGUAAUUCAACUGCAGACUGCAAACCCCCUGUAAAAGAGCCCUCGAACGCCAAGCUUCCAAAUAACAUUGACGGGAAAGUUCACAGCCUAUCUAAGGCAAGUUGUGACAGUGAAAUAAAAAGUUUGUCGCUGGAGGAUCCGGUGAAACCUCUGAUGAAUGGUGAUAUGGGCGUGGAGGGAGCUAAAGAGAAGUCUAACAACAUAGAGGCUCAGUCUUUGCCUUCCAGCCCGUCCCUAGUUGAUGGGGAAAGCAAGGUUGCAGUUGCCGAUCAGGACUAUUUGCCCCCGAUCAAAAUGGCUAAACUGGGAAAUAUUAUCGAGGAAGCUGUCAACUCUGCUGUGUCUACUACUACGCCUACGCCUGUGGAUGCAAGUCCUGACAGUGCAACCCAACCCAAAGUCAAAGGAGAACAGAGCAGUAACGAAGAGGAGCCCAUGGAAACGGAAAAGCCGGCGCCCAAGAAAAUAAUAAUCCCCUCCCCGGUUCCUUCGGCAGAGGAAUCCAGCCUCAGCAGCGACUUCGCCGACGAGAGCGUUCACCAGCCGGAACAAAACAAGGCUGAAACCAACUGGGAGGACGGUGUCAAAACCAUCAUCACCAAAGUGACCACCACCACCACCACCGUUUCCACAGAGUCAAAGACCGUUCAGAUCGCCGAGGUGUCCAGUACGCAGAGCAGCAAGCCCACGAUGGUGGCUUCCACGGAGGACUCUGCCGUGUCCACCCUGACCACGAUGACGAAGACCACAGUUACCAAAGUGACCUCUCCCACGCAGGACCGCAGCGUGGUCUCAGUGCUGGAGGAGAGCAAGACCACUGUCAAGACCACGCUGACGGACUCCGCCACCGGUCCCUCGGGCACUUCUGUCACCACCAUGACCGUCAGCAAGGAGUACUCCACGAGAGACAGGGUCAGGCUGAUGAAAUUCUCACGGACGAAAAAGAUGCGGUCUGGGACGGCCCUGCCUUCCUACCGCAAGUUCAUCACCAAAAGCAGCAAGAAGAGCAUAUUUGUUCUGCCCAACGACGACCUGAGAAAGCUGGCCAGGAGAGGUGGGAUCCGAGAGGUGCCAGUGUUCAAUUACAACGCGAAGCCUGCACUGGAUAUCUGGCCCUACCCUUCACCAAGACCCACGUUUGGGAUCACAUGGAGGUAUCGUCUCCAGACAGUGAAAUCCCUAGCGGGAGUAAGCCUAAUGUUGCGGUUGCUGUGGGCUAGCCUGAGGUGGGAUGACAUGGGAGUGAAGCCUUCAUCUAGUGCGGGCACCACACGCACAGAAACUUCAGAAACGGAAAUCACCACGACUGAGAUAAUGAAGCGCAGAGACGUUGGCCCCUAUGGAAUCCGCUCAGAGUACUGCAUCAGGAAGAUAAUCUGCCCGAUCGGCGCGCCCGAAACUCCAAAAGAAACGCCCACUCCACAAAGGAAAGGUCUUCGGUCCAGCGCUCUGAGGCCAAAGAAGCCGGAAGCCCCCAAGCAGACGGGCCCAGUGGUGCUGGAGACGUGGGUGGCAGAGGACGAGCUGGACCUGUGGGAGAUCAGGGCGUUUUCCGAAAGGGUUGAGAAGGAGAAGGCACAGGCUGCAGAGCAGCAGGCAAAGGUUAGUGAGCAGAAGAAAGACGAGGAGUUCAAGGCCCAAAUGGAGGCUCAGCUGAAGCAGCAGAGAUUGGCUGCCCAGCAGAAGCGUCUGGAUCAGCAGAAGCAGUCCCCAGCCGCAAGCACGGCCUCCCCUGUGACCACCACUGGCAGCACCACCAAUGCUAUGUCCACCCCCCAGAAAGUAGUGGUAGGCUCCUUGACAAGCCAGGUCACCCCCGGAACCAAAGUGGUACUGGCCACCAAGAUGGGCUCGCCUACUGCUGUGACAUUCCAGCAGAACAAGAACUUCCAUCAGACCUUCGCUUCCUGGGUCAAGCAGGGCCAGACCAGUACAGCCACCAGUACAGUUGCCACAGUAGCAGCAAGCGUAACCACGGCAGGGCAGACGUUCCAGAUCACGGGCAGUCCGAUGUCGGGCAAAGUGAUUACUACCAAACUGCCCCUCCCGGCCAACAGCAAAAUCAUCACUGUCAAUGUGCCAGCGACACAAGGAGGUGUAGUUCAGGUCCAACAGAAAGUCCUGGGUAUCAUUCCAUCCAGCACUGCGGCCAGCCAGCAAACCUUCACGUCAUUCCAGCCCCGGACAGCCACCGUAACCAUCCGGCCCAAUACCCCUGGCACUGUCACGGGCCCGGCCGGCACUCAGCAGGUGAUAACUGGAGGAGCACAGAUCCGUCCUGGGAUGACCGUUAUUCGGACCCCCCUCCAGCAGACCACCUCCCUCGGCAAGACCAUCAUCCGAACCCCGCUGAUGGUACAGCAAGGUAUUCUCCCGGCCACUCAGACGCAGCAGGUUGUAACACAGAUCAUCCGCGGGCAGCCGGUAUCCACUGCCAUCCACACAAGCCCAGUGCACAGGAUGGUGACGACCUCCGCCCAGCACCCCGCAGCCAGCCCCCAGACACAGCCUGCCACCCCCCAGGGGCCGGGGCCACGGCCGCAACAGGGCCAGGUAAAGCUAACUCUGGCACAGCUCACCCAGCUGACACAGGGACAGAGUGGAAGUCAAGGGCUGACGGUGGUGAUCCAGGGCCAGGGUCAGACGACGGGGCAGCUGCAGGUGAUCCCUCAGGGGGUGACUGUGAUCCCUGGGCCUGGGCAGCAGCUCAUGCAGGCUGCGAUGCCCAACGGCCAGGUCCAGCGCUUUCUCUUCACCCCAAUGCCACCACCCGUCUCCACUGGAAACGCUGCCGUUACCGCGGUCACGGCUACCACCACCACGCCUUCUGUGCCAGCUCCCACAGAGCACAAAGUGACUCAACACCAACCCCAGCUGCAGACGCAAGCACAAGCCCAGGUUCAGGUUCAGGCUCAGUAUCAAGUCCAAAGCCAUCCUGCCAUGUCUCAAGCACAGACCCCGGCACAGCCAGCCCAGCAAGCAGCCGCCCCUGUCCAGGCCUCCACCUUCUCCACCCCCGUCACGCCUGCCCAGCCACAGACCCAAAGCCAGGUCCCCACCCAAACUCAGGCACAGACGCCGUUGCAGCCGCAGGCUCCCCUGCAAGCCCACGCCGCCCUCGUCCCCCAGACUCCGUCCCUGGUGAAGGCCGUGACGGCCGCGCAGACUCUCAACCAGGUGACGGUGAAGUCUCCCGGCCGAGGCCAGCUGCAGCUCCACCAGCCCCAACUCAUCACCGUGCCUCACCAGCUGCAGCAGCAGGUGCAGGUGCUCUCCCAAAUCCAGUCCCACAUGGCAGCCCAGAUACAGGCCCAGCAAGGAGGAGGAGGAGGAGGAGGAGGAGGAGGUGGAGGAGGAGGAGGGGGCGUGCUGCCCCAGCAGAUCAAGCUGCAGCUGCCUAUCCAGAUCCAGCAGGGGGCGCCGGUGCAGCCCCACCAGAUCCAGAAUGUGGUGACCAUCCAGACGGCCAGCGUGCAGGAGCAGCUGCAGAGGAUCCAGCAGCUCCAUGAGCAGCAGCAGCGGAGGAAGAAGCAGCAGCAGAGCCUGCAGACAGCCAACCAGAGCGACAUCAUCCAGAAACAAAAGGUGGUGAUGAAGCAGAACGCUGUCAUAGAGCACCUGAAGCAGAAAAAGACGCUGUCGCCGACAGAGAGAGAAGAGAACCAGAGGAUGAUUGUGUGUAACCAGGUAAUGAAGUUCAUCUUGGAUAAAAUCGACAAGGACGAGAAGCAGGCUGCGAAGAAGAGGAAGCGGGAGGAGUCUGUGGAGCAAAAGCGCAGCAAGCAGAACGCCACCAAGCUGUCAGCCCUGCUCUUCAAACACAAAGAGCAGCUCAAAGCAGAGAUCCUGAAGAAGAGGGCACUGCUGGACAAGGAGCUGCAGCUGGAAGUGCAGGAUGAGCUAAAGAAGGACCUUAGCAAGCUGAAGAAGGAGAAGGCGCAGGUGGCCGUGUCUCAGGCAGCAGCCACGGCGGCCGCAGCCCAGGCAGUUGUCCUCACGGCCGCCAUGUCCACCCCGAGCUCCACCCUGAAACGGAAACGGGACGAGGAGAAGGAGCUGCCCAGCGGCAUCGCCUCCCCCUCCAAGCCCAAGAAGAAAAAAAUGAUCUCUACUACCUCAAAGGAUGCGAAGAAGGACACCAGUCUGUACUGCGUGUGCAAAACACCGUACGACGAAUCCAAGUUCUACAUCGGCUGCGAUCUUUGUACAAACUGGUACCACGGGGAGUGUGUUGGCAUCACAGAGAAGGAGGCAAAGAAGAUGGACGACUACAUCUGCAAUGAGUGCAGACGGGCACAGGAGGGCAGCAGCGAGGAGCUGUACUGCAUCUGCCGGACGCCGUACGAUGAGGCUCAGUUCUACAUUGGCUGUGACCGCUGUCAGAACUGGUACCACGGGCGCUGCGUGGGAAUCGUGCAGAGCGAGGCCACGCUCAUCGACGAGUACGUCUGUCCGCAGUGCCAGUCCACGGAGGACGCCAUGACCGUGCUGACCCCGCUCACAGACAAGGAUUACGAAGGGUUAAGAAGAGUUCUGCGCUCCUUACAGGCUCACAAAAUGGCAUGGCCGUUUUUAGAACCUGUAGACCCCAACGAUGCACCAGAUUAUUAUGGCUUAAUAAAGGAACCAAUGGACCUCGCCACAAUGGAGGAGAAGAUACAAAAACGUUACUACAACAAGCUAACAGAGUUUGUGGCAGACAUGACCAAAAUCUUUGACAACUGCCGUUACUACAACCCCAGCGACUCGCCGUUUUAUCAGUGUGCCGAGGUUCUCGAAUCAUUCUUUGUACAGAAACUUAAAUCUUUCAAAGCAAGCAGAUUGUGAUGUCAUAAGUCUGACCUAAUAACUGGAAUCUGAUCUGGAUGCUGGGGUCACACUAUCACUAUUUUUUUUUUUAUUAUUUUUUUUUUUUUGUAUCAUGGAAUUUGCUGUUACCUUGUACAGCGUAAAUUUCUCCAUUAUGAAAUGUUAUUUAAAUCACUUUUAACAAUAAAAAAAGCCUUAAACCCAAACUCCAAAGAUGCCUCAAGUGGCAAUCACUUCACGGCAGCCAUGUUGAAAAAUAAUACAUUUCAGUAAUAUUGGUUCACCAAAAAAAGGGAGGAAUUAUUUUUCUGUGACUGUAAAAAAAAAAAAAAAAAAAAAAAAAAAAAAAAAGGUAUACUUAUUUUUUUAAUCCCCAUAAAAUAGAAAUUCAUGUACAAAAGGUUGUCCUGCCUAAAUGUAACAAGCAAUAAAGUCGUCCUUGUGUUUUAUGUGGGGCUGUGCUCUGUGGAAACGCUGCAUGAUCCCAGGCUAAGCCUUCACCUGAUUCCGUUCCGUGAAGCACGGCGUUCCAGAGAGUCUGGUUCUAAUGUUUGAUGAAUCACAGCAUGUGGAAUAGCCUGACUUCUGUUCUGGUUUCUUUUGUGGAAGGUACAUUACACCUGGAUGUAAAUAUGAUAAGAAGCCUGCCGUGCAUUCAGCAUGCAGUGCAAAUUAAAUAAAGAUGCAUUUUUGCAAAUCAUGAAAUAUUUUUCUAAAGGGGGGUGUACGUUACAAACUCGGCUGAGUAACACUCUGGGUUUUUUGGGGUUUUUUGCCCUAAAAAAGCAAAUCGGCACUGAUUAUGAUGCAAAGUUAUGAAUCCUUUUGUAAAGGAGUAUUCUGUGAUUUUGAUAUUUUUUUAUAUAUAUAUAUAUAUAUAAUGUAAAGAAAGCAGCUUAGUUCUAGCUUUCAACUUUUUUUGUUUUUGUUUUUUUUCGCAGUACUGUUUGUCAUUGUUAGGAAAUUCACAGCACAAAGUGACUUUAAAUACUACUACUAUUGCAUUUUAAUACUUAAUCCAUUCCAUCGCCUGUGUUUAAUACUUUUUGAAAAGUUAUUUAAAUAAAAAAAAAUUGUAAAAGCCAAGCGCAAUAAUUAUAUAUUCUAUUAAAAGACGAAGAAACUUCCAACAUGGCUGCUUUUUUCUCUGAUUGGUUGACCUGCCACCCCGCCCACACACCCCCUCCCCCCCGGCAUCCUGCUUUUGUUUUGUAGGUUAUGGAAAAUAAUAAUAAAGGGUACUCAACUGUUCCCUUUUUCCAUAUUCUGUAGGUCUCAUAACAACAAACUACAGUCUACAGCUUCUUAGAAUACAGAACUCUAUGCCCUAAAUCACAAAGCGCAAGCUUCUGGUUCUCUGAGAACACUUGCCCAUUUGGAGCCAGGCUUCUCCUCCCAUUCGGGUCUCCCCAGAGGACCCUCUCUGUAAACCAGCUGUCAGUCACAGAUCAGGAACUGGAUUGGAUUGGAUCGCACCGGCCAGCUUUCGGUGGGAGACGAAUGGAAAUGCCCUCUGCAGUCGCUGUCUCUGUUGAAGGAGGAGAGUGCAAACCUGGGGAUAGCAGUCUGUCCAAGGGGCCCUGUCUUGUUUUUGUUUUCUUUUCCCAAGUCAAAGUGAACGUGAAGAAAGAUCUGCAGCAAGUAAGCUAGUGGUUGUCAUGCCAAAAAAAGAAAAUCGAAGGGCGGUGUGUACCUUUUAGUGACAAAUACAUUUUUAUAUUCAACUCUGUCGACUAAGUGUAUUUCACGCCCAGUUUCAGCUGUUUUUCUUGCUCCCUGUAUGUAAAGGUUAAGAUUCCCCCCUCCACGCCCCUCCUCUCCAGACCCUUUCUUCUAAAGGUACUGCAAUUUGGGAAUUCAUAAGGGCUUCACAGCUAACAGUGCAGCACAGAAGAAUGGAGGUCUGGAGUUGAUCAGAUUGUUGCCCUUGUCAGUGGCACUAAAACAAAAUAACUGAAAUAUACAAAUCGCCCUGCAGUGACGAUGGACUGAAAAGUGAAAAAGCUGAAAAGCAAUCUGUAUUUGAAGGUAUCUUGUUUGUAAAACUUUUGUCUUUUUUUUUUUUUUUUUUUUUUUGAUUAUUUUGUAUUGCAGCUCAAGCUGAAACAGUGAUGUAUAUGAAACAUAAUAAAUGGAGAAUAAUGUUCUCUUCCACAGUGA